GCACCCCCGCUGCAGGGCCGCAGGAAGGAGCGGGGACCCCGGGGGUCUCCCGGGCGGUGCCCGGUGAGGCGCAGCCGCCGCGGGCUGUGGCGAGGGGCAGCCCCGCUCCCGCCGCGCAGGGCCGGAGCCCGGCCCCUUUUCCCGGGGCCAGCUGCGGGCCCGGAGCCGCCGCCGGGAUGAAGCAGCUGGGGGCGGCGGCCGGGACGCGGCUCCCCCGGGCCCUGCGCGCUGACGGGCUCCCGCCGCAGGCGCUGGUGGACGACACCGAGGAUGUGUCCCUGGAUUUCGGGAGCGAGGAGGAGCUGGCGCUGCGGAAAGCGCGGAUCAGGCACCCACUGGCCACCUUUUUCCACCUGUUUUUCCGAGUGAGUGCUAUUGUUACCUACUUGUUCUGUGACUGGUUCAGCAACAGCUUUGUUGCCUGUUUUGUCACUAUUCUCCUCCUUCUAUCCUUUGACUUUUGGUCUGUCAAGAAUGUGACAGGAAGACUCUUGGUUGGUUUGCGUUGGUGGAACCAGAUUGAUGAAGAUGGAAAAAGUCACUGGGUGUUUGAAGCAAAAAGGGUGCCUACAAUAGCUGCCUCAACUGAAGCUGAAGCCCGAAUCUUCUGGCUUGGUCUCAUCAUCUGCCCAGUGAUUUGGACAAUGUUUUUCUUCAGCACCUUGUUCUCCUUGAAGCUGAAGUGGCUGGCUCUCGUGAUUGCUGGGAUCUCCCUCCAGACUGCUAAUUUAUAUGGCUACAUCCACUGCAAGUUAGGAGGACAAAAAACCAUCAGCAGAGUAACCUCAAGGUUGUUUGGCACCACAGAUGUUUCCAAGACAGGACAGAGCAGGAGAAUUUCAGAAGAUGGAACUGAAGAACAUGAGAAGACAGGAACUAGGUAACCAAACAAGGAAGAGCUAAAGGAUGAGCAGUAAAAAUGUAAUUAAUGAAAGUUGUUCUUCAUGGGAAGGUAUUUAGACAAAGCUCUUCUAGAAUUAUGCUUGCAUGAAAUAAAGUCAUUUGUGUUUGAGUCUUUACAUCCUGAAGGUUUAAAGCCUUUGUUACUUAAAAGCUUCACCAAAAAGUUGUUUGUGUGAGCACAGACAGUGCUCAUGGUUUACAAGGAGCACGCUGCUCUCAGAAAAGCUGUCAACUAACCUCAAACUGUUGGAUUAUCUUAAGCAGAAAUUUCAUGUAAUGAAAACAUGAUGCUGAUUUGUUUAACUUUGGAACUACAAUAAACAAAAUCAAACU